AUUUUUAGAAGAAAUUUCAUUUAUAUUCUUUUAAAAUGAUUUCUUUUAAUUACUAGAUUACUAAUUAUAAGAUAAUGUACUUGAUUUUUCUUUAGGGUUGUGAUAGGUCUUUAUUACCAGCUCUUUGGCUUGCUACAGGUUUUGAACGAGGUGUAACAAUUGUUAUCUAUGCACCACCUAAUCCAAUUGAAUUACGCGAGUAUCUUGGUAUUAAACAACGUUUUGAAGAACGUUUAAAUAGAUCCAUUCAAGUGCGUAUCAUCUAUCAAGGUCGAGAUAUUAUUCCUCUGUAUCAACAAGAUCCAAAAGAAUAUACUCGUCUUUGUAAACAAUGUCAUCCUUCUCUAGUAUCGUUUACUGACGAUUUUCAUGUUCAAGAAUUUAAACGUCAUUUUGAUGUCAUAACACGUGAUGCAACACGUUCACUUGUCUUUCCUUUUGAAACAAUGGAAAUGCAUCGACAAGAAUUAGCAAAUUAUACUAAUAUUAUUCUGCCGGAUGUACCAACAAUUGACAAAGCCAAACAUAAUUUUCUCUUACGUAAACAUGGAUUUAAUGAUUUGCCUCAAUUACUUAUGGUUUUUAUUGAUGGAUCAGUAAUCGAUGAAUAUGAAUCAUAUAUUGCAGCGAUGGCACGUCUAUCAUCUUCAGAUACAUUACAUGUUUCAGAAAAUGUGGCUCGCUUCGCACGAUCAAUUGUAUCAGCUAUUGAUCGUUUACAUUUUGAAUAUAAAUAUGAAAAAGUCUUUCUUAAAUUAGAUGCUGUAGGAGCCGGAGGUUGGUCUUGUGUUUCACCAAGAGAAAAUCCACUUCUCUAUGAUUGGACACAAAAUGUUGAUGUACGUAUUAAUUAUUUAGUUGAUUACAUUAAAAAAAAUGUUCUCGAAGAACAUCUACCAACACAUGCUAUUGUUGAAGAAUUUAUUGAAGCACAAAUACGUCCAGGUAAUAUAGAUGCUGAUUAUACGGUAUGUGGUUUUGUAUUAGAUUCAAUCUUUUAUCCAACUUCAAUAAGUUUAUGUGGAACUGAUGCACGAGGUCAAUAUAUUGAACAAUGGACAGCAGCAGAAGCUAGUCAAAUGGAUGAUAAAUCAAAUGAUUGGGAACAUAUGUUUAAAAUUUAUGCACGUAUGGUUGCUAUUGAAGCUGAACCAUUUUCAUAUAAAAAUGGUAUUUAUGCUGGUGAUGUAUUUAUUACUGUUAAAAAUGAAUAUAAACAACGUGAUUGGAAUAUUCGUCGAGGUGGACGAAGUACACCUGAAACUUUAAUUAUGUUAGGUGAACCAAAUUAUGAAGCAAAAGCAAAUAUAUCUAUUGAACAAGAAUUAACUUGUGAAGAACUUUUUGAUCUUUAUACAAAUGUUUGUGAUCGACUUACACAUGCACCUAAUUAUAUGUAUCCAUUUUCAACUGCUUAUUGUUAUUUUGGUAAAUCGGUAGUACCGAAUUUUCUUCGAAUUAAUGUUCUUGUUAAUCCACAACAACUUAUGUGUGAAAAUGGUACAAAAUUACCAAAAAAUAAACAUAGACAAAAAAUUAAUAAUAUUAUUAAACAAAUCAUUGAUGAUGAAUUAUCAAACAA